AAUAAAAACCCUUUGUUUCCGUUGCAGCUCACCACCGACCUAUUUACCCAGAAAAUUUUCAAUUUUCUCAUAUAAAUGACAGUACCUAACGGUGAAUUUUCAGUUUCCCAAACGGUAACAAAUGAAUGAAUCAUUCAAAUUUCACAUCCUCCUAUUAGCGAUUCUUUUUGCAACGCGCUCUAAUGGAGAAUCAUCGACGUGCGUGACGGUCUACAAAGAAGGCGGUGCUCCCGCGGUCUUUCAAUCCCCAAAAUGCCCCCGCUGGACGCUCCCCAAUUACGGUUCCACCACCACCGCUCCUUGCCAAAUGGCAAUACUUCAAGGUCGCCGAAAGUCCCAAGAGGAUCGCACUCUCUGUGCCCUCGAUAUUCGCAUCCCUUUUCCUGGCAAAAUGGGGGUUAAGGAGGUUACAGUUGGAAUCGUGGCGGUUUUUGAUGGUCAUAAUGGUGCCGAAGCUAGUGAUAUGGCAUCAAAGCUUUUAUUGGAGUAUUUCAUUUUGCAUACUUAUUUCCUUCUGGAUGCAACAUAUUCAGUCAUAUCAUCAAAGCAAUCCACUGGAAGAUUGCCAGAUAGAAGACUACAUGAUUUUGUUUUUCAAGUGCUUAAUUUGGAUGAAAGAACCAGGUUUAAGUAUUCUUGGCCGGUGAAUUUCGAUGAUUCUCUUCACUUAGAAAUUUUAAAGGAAGCGUUGUUGAGGGCAAUCCAUGAUGUUGAUGCAACAUUUUCUAAGGAAGCAUCUAGAAGGAAUCUUAAUUCUGGUUCGACGGCCACCGUCAUACUAAUAGCAGAUGGUCAAAUUUUAGUUGCCAACAUUGGAGAUUCAAAAGCCUUUUUGUGCUCUGAAAAAUUCCAGCCUCCUGCAGAGGCAAAAGCCACUUUAAUAAGGUUAUAUAGGCAGAAAGGACGCAAUGGCCCUGUUUCACGCGUGAGAGAUCAUGACAACUUCAAAGUGGCUUCAUCCAAUGGAUUCGCGCAUUUUUAUGUUAAGGAAUUGACCAAAGAUCAUCAUCCAGAUAGAGAUGAUGAAAGGAUUCGGGUGGAAACUGCUGGUGGUUAUGUUCUUGAAUUGGGUGGUGUGUCCCGAGUAAAUGGUCAACUAGCUAUUUCUCGAGCAAUUGGUGAUGUGUCCUUUAAAAGUUACGGUGUUAUAUCUGCACCAGAGGUGACAGAUUGGCAACCUCUGACCACAAAUGAUAGCUAUCUGGUGGCUGCAUCUGAUGGAGUUUUUGAGAAGUUGAGUCUGCAGGAUGUUUGUGAUUUGUUGUGGGAAGUAAAUAGUCAUGGUACCCUGGAAUCAGAACUUUCUACUUCAUGCUUGUACUCAUCAGCUGAUUGCAUAGUGAAGAAUGCCUUUGGAAAGGGCAGUCUGGAUAAUAUGGCAGCUGUUGUGGUUCCUUUGGGAUCUACUGUUUUUUCUGAAGAUUUUCUCAAGGAAGGUUGUGUGGAAGAGGGGGACAGAGAUUUGACAGCAAGUGGACUACAAAAGUUCAGAUAUGAAAACUCAGCUGAUGAUGUCGCUUCUGGCCUAGUGGAUUUGAAGCAUGCUCAUCCAUUAAUGUUCAAGUUUGAGAGGUUAUUGGUUGAAAGAAAACAUGGCAAAUUUGGCUGUUUUCAUUUAUUUGAGAACCUUGAUGAACACAUGGGUUACACCUUGCAAGCUCAAACGGAUGACCUAGAAGACCAUGUGUAUUAUGUACCUCAGGCUCUACCUGAGGCCCUUGAUCAACAGUGUGGUGGACCUCUAUGUUUGUAUAAUGACCAGAAUUUUUGCUUGCACCUUGGUAUGAAUGUUGAUGGAACUAAAGAUCAAUGCAUAAAUCCUGAAGGCUUUGCUAAUUUCCUUAGUCUGCUUGAAUCAAUUCCUCUUCAUGAUACGGGGCCAAAUUAUGGAUCAUUUGAGUAUGCAAUGCCAGACUUGAGGUACACACUAAAGAAGAGGUUUGGUCGUGGAUCAUAUGGUGAAGUAUGGUUGGCUUUUCAUUGGAAUUGCUAUGAAGGAAGCAAUGCUUCAAACCUUAAUGGAAAAAACAAUAAUACCUCAUCUAAUUCUUUUCAUUUUGAUUCAAAUCAUAUUUCAUCAAAUAAUUGUCAUGCUGAUCCUGCUGACGAGAACUUCUUCAUUUUGAAACGUAUAAUGGUGGAGAGAGGGACUGCUGUUUACUUGAGUGGUCUACGGGAGAAGUAUUUUGGUGAAGUUUUUUCAAAUGCCUCUAAAAGCCUUGGAGGGUUGCUCUCAAAUUCUGUUGUGGAAGAAUCACAUGUGGGCUUCACUGACCUAAUAGAAGCAAAUGAACCAAUGAUUCAUGAAAACACUUGGAGUUUUGAAAAUGAAUUUCUGAAUGAUAGACUGCAAAGAGCUAUCCUUGAAGAAGGUCUAAACCAUAUUGCAAGAUAUGUAGAGUCAUUUGAAUCUCGAUCUAAUGAAAUAUGGCUUGUAUUUCGUCAUGAAGGCAUCUCUUUGUCAAAGCUUAUGUAUACUGUUGAAGAUGUAGAUGAUAAUGCAGAUGGGGUUGAACAAGUUAAACGUGUUCAGAUUUUGCGUCCCUCAAAAUGGUGGCAUUGGUUGAAGACUACAGAAGCAGGACAAGAGGAAAUGCGCAAUCUUAUAUGGCAGUUGUUGUUGGCGAUCAAGUCCUGUCAUGACCGCAAUAUCACCCACAGGGAUAUAAAACCUGAGAACAUGGUCAUAUGCUUUGAAGAUCAGGAGACAGGGAGAUGCCUAAAAGGAAGUCCAAGUGGAGAUAAGAAUUUCAUCACCAAAAUGCGCAUUAUUGACUUUGGUAGUGCAAUAGAUGAGUUCACACUGAAGCACUUAUAUGGUUCCACUGGACCGUCUAGGGCUGAACAAACUUAUGAAUACACUCCACCUGAAGCCUUGCUUAAUGCAAGUUGGUAUCAUGGGCCAAAAGGCACAACUGUGAAGUAUGAUAUGUGGAGUGUUGGCGUUGUGAUGUUAGAGUUGAUCUUAGGAUCACCAAAUGUAUUUCAAAUAAGUUCCUUAACACGUGCUCUUUUAGAUCAGCAUGUUCAGGGUUGGAAUGAAGACUUAAAAGAGCUGGCAUAUAAGCUUAGAUCAUUUAUGGAAUUGUGUAUCUUAAUCUCUGGGAGUUCUUCAAAACAUCAUCACUCAAUGGACCAAGUUGGAGUUUCACCAGCCUCAUGGAAAUGCUCUGAAGAAUUUUUUUCACAUCAGAUAAAGAAUAGAGAUCCUCUUAAACUAGGAUUUCCAAAUAUUUGGGCUCUGCGGCUAGUACGCCAUUUAUUACUCUGGGACCCAGAGGAUCGAUUGAGUGUCGAUGAUGCUUUAAGGCAUCCUUAUUUCCAACCUCCUCCCAGAGGAUGAUUUUUUGGGAGUUCAGGGGUUCUUCUGGUGCUUAAUUUUCCCAACAAGAUCCAGGUUCCAUCCUCUCAUUACAUGGAAAAGGAAUUGAGAAAGUCAGAAUUGGGAAGCCUCGCAAAAAGCUUUCGGAAAAUUAACUGAUCGAAAUACUCCAUACAUAAAGAAGUGUAGAAAUAUCUCGAGUUUUUGCUGGCUUGCUUGGGGUCUUCUGGAGGAUACUGUAAGUUCAAGCCCCAAAUAGAAGCACUUGAUCAAAAACUAUCCAGGAGGGAAAUUGAAGCCGAAGCCUCAACGUCUAAUGUAUUUCCAGAAGAUCGGCAAAUCCAUGUGGAGGGAAACAGUUGUAAAUAUAUAUAUAUAUAUUCUUGCUAUUACAAUUCACAGUGCCCAAUUUUCUAAAUUUGCCUCUACACAUCCCAACGGCCGAACCCCUAAGCUAUGGACAAAGUUUCAAAUCGGUUUGGAAGAAUCUCCUUCAAGACAAUUCUUAAAGGAGAAGAUUACUGUAUACAAUUUUUCCUUCCCUUUGAACACUAGUCACUUUUAACUAUAAAAAUAUCACAUCAUUUAUAAAAUGAAGAAGAUUACUGUAUACAA